UGAAGCCGCCGCAGCGUGAGGUUGAACCAACGCUCUGAAGAACCAGGACUCCAGCCACAGGGAAUCAGACAAGCACAAGUUCAAGAAGCCCAGAAGCUUUUGUAGCCGGCUUCAAGAAACAUGAGCAAGUGAAGAGCUGCCGGAGCAUACUGCUGUUCUUCUUCUUCUUCUUCUUCUUCUUCUUUUUGUUACCCUCCAACCCUCAUUUAUUCUUCCUUUGCAACACAUGGCAGAGGUUCUCUCGAGAGGAGCCGAGGAGAAGAGGACAAAGUUCUGUGGAGCGCCGGCUGAGGAGGAAUUAAUAAGAUCCCCUUGAUUUCAUUUUUUUCUUCUUCUUCUUCUUCUUCACAUUUAAAGGAUGAGAUCUCAAUGAUAAAACCAUUUGGAAUAUGGGACUUUUAAUAUUUGCUUUGGACCAUGGGGACAGGCAACUAUGUGUUUGUGCUCAGCUCUGGCUCAUUUUGAUAACCCUUGCAGGUAAAAUCUUUCCGACCACGUCGAACGCCCUCCUCAGCUCCUCGGCGAUGACGGCCAGCCCUUCACCCCCCAACGUGUACCUCCCCGCCAACUUCAAGAUGUCCAACGCACAACUGGCGUUCUUCUUACGAGAGGUGGAGAUCACGGGACCAUCGGUUGGCGGUGGCGGCGGCGGCGGCAGGAGCAGCAGCAGCAGCCCCGGCGCCGGACACCCGCUGCAGCGAGCUGAGAGUUUUGUGGUUUUCCAGACCAAAGACCUCCCGGCCAUCAACAUCAGCUUCGGGCCUUACGCCAGAGACCAGGCGCUCACCAAGGAGCUGCUCCAGCCAGCCAGUCCUCUGGAUAUCCCCGGGCAGCUGACGGUCAACUGGAAGGUGCGGGCCUUCAUCGUCCAGGCCCGGGUCUUCUCCAACAACCCCACGGUCCAGGUGUUCUUCUACAUCGCGGGCCGCGACUGGGACGACUUCAAGGCCGAGGACAAGAUGCCCUGCGUCCGUCUGCACGCCUUCCGGGACGUCCGUGAGAUUAAAACCUCCUGCCGCAUGAAAGGCAACCUGGCCCAGUGCCUGGCGCAGCUGGAUCUGCCUCCGUCCUGGUUUAACACCAACGUGGCCCCACUGGGCCGGAGGAAAGGCUCCGGGGACGGGCUCCUGGACGGGCUCACCAGCGAGACCCUCCAGGCUGAGCUCUACUACACGCUCCACGAGCCCAACCUGGAAGGGGAGUGCAGUGAGGGCUCGGGUCACAGGGGUGCUGGGGCUUCCAGGGGAGAACCUCUGUCACAGCACCCCCUGCUGCGCAUCGGGAGCAUCAGCCUCUACCAGGCCAGUCAGGAGCAGCUGCUGGUGGACAAGCAGCUGGACAAAAACAUGUUCCUCCGGCUGCCCGAGAAGCCCCUGAAGCCCGGGGAGACCCUGAAGAUCUUCCUCUACUUGAUGCCCAACUCCACCGUGGAGCAGUUCAGCCUCAAGGUCAAAGCGAAGAAGGGGGUGAACCUGCUCCAGACCAGGUCCAAGAACGCCCAGUGGAAGGUGGACUGGGAGGUGCAGUCGGGCGCCAAGCACUCCAUCACCACCAUCGACGUGAACAAGAACAAAGGAGUCAAACAGGGGGACGUGCUGGGCAACGUGGAGGUGAUGCAGCUGGAUUUCGAGAUGGAGAACUUCACCAGCCUGUCGGUGACACGGAGGAUCAACUGGAACAUCGACUACAAGGGGCAGAACCCGCCGCCCGACUCGGACAAGGUGGUGACGGAGCUGACGGUGGUGCAGCGGGACAUCCAGGCCAUCAUCCCUCUGGCCAUGGACACUGAGAUAAUCAACACAGCCAUCCUGACUGGACGCACCGUGGCCAUCCCUGUCAAGAUGGUUUCCAUAGAGAUGAACGGCGCCGUCACGGACGUCUCCUCCUCCGUGCAGUGCAAGUCCUCCAACGAAGACAUCGUGAAGGUGUCCAUGAAUUGCGACUACGUGUUUGUGAACGGGAAGGAGACGCGCGGCUCCAUGAGCGCCCGGGUGAUCUUCAGCUACGAGCACCUGAGCGCGCCGCUGGAGCUGACGGUGUGGGUGCCCAAGCUGCCGCUGCAGGUGGAGCUGUCCGACAGCAACCUGAGCUUCAUCAAGGGCUGGAGGGUUCCCAUCCUGCCCGACAGAAGGAGCACCAGAGACAGCGACGCGGACGAAGACGAGGACGAGCCGCGGGUGAGCCGCGGGUGCACGCUGCAGUACCAGCGCGCCCUGGUGAAGGUUCUGACCCAGUUCCACACCACGUCCACGGAGGGAACCGACCAGGUCAUCACCAUGCUGGGGCCGGACUGGCAGGUGGACGUCACCGACCUGGUCCAGGACUCCCUGAAGGUGGCCGACCCCCGGAUAGCUGAGCUGGUGGACCGGACCGUCCUGGUGGGCCUGGAGCUGGGGUCCACCACGCUGAAGGUGGAGUCUCCGCUGGCCGUGGACGCCGUGCUGGGAGAGUCGGCGUUCUCCGUCACGGACGACAAGGUGUCCAUCAGCGAGCUGCGGGUCCACGCCGUCUCGGGCCUGACCCUGUCCCUGCAGCCCAGCCCCGGCAACAGCCACACCAUGGUCGCCAAGGCAACCGGCGUCCAGACGCUCACCGCUCCCAAACAGGAAGCCAGUUUUUCCAUCUGGAUGCUUUUCAGUGACAACACAGCUGCCACCCUCACGUACUUCGAUCCCAAAGACUACAACCUCAACGCCUCCACGCUGGACGACAAGGUGGUGUCCGUGUCCCAGGAGCCUCAGCAGCGCUGGCCCGUGGUGGUGGCGGAGGGCGAGGGGUCCGGCGAGCUGGUCCGUGUAGAGAUGACCAUCGGCGAGGCGUGCCAGAAGACCAAGCGCAAGAGCAUCAUCGCCUCCGCUGCGGUUUACGCCAAGGUCCGGUUCGGCCCGGAGGAAGACUCCGAGGAAGAGGUGACCACGGAGGGCGAGAUCGAGCUGCUGCCCGUCACCCGACGCACCAUCAUCGAUCCCAACAUCAACGGGCGAGUUUAUGAGACGUCCAAUGAGCAGCCGGCCAGCGUUCCCAUCGAUUACACCAACUUCCCCACGAUUAGCAACGAGGAGCAACCGACGGAGAGCGACGAAGAGGAGGAAGACGACUUCGUGCAUUCGCCUCGCAACAUGACCGACCUGGAGAUCGGCAUGUACGCUCUGCUGGGAGUCUUCUGCCUGGCCAUCUUGGUCUUCCUCAUCAACUGCAUCGUCUUUGUGCUCAAAUACCGACACAAGCGGAUCCCGCCGGAGGGCCAGGCCAACAUGGACCACUCCCACCACUGGGUGUUCCUGGGAAACGGCCAACCGCUGAGGGCCCAGUGCGAGCUCUCCCCCCAGCAGAUAGAGAGUCCCAGUAACCCGUUGGAGGGCGUACAGACUUGCUGCCACGGCGACCACCACAGCAGUGGCAGCUCCCAGACCAGCGUCCAGAGCCAGGUGCACGGGCGCGGCGACGGCAGCUCCGGCGGCUCCACGAAGGAGAACAGCGAGGACGCCAGCUCACCCACCUCCAAGCGCAAGAGAGUGAAGUUCACCACCUUCACCACCCUGCCCACGGAGGAGCUGCCCUACAACUCCAUCCCCAUCGCGGACGAGGAGGACAUUCAGUGGGUGUGCCAGGACAUGGGCUUUCAAGACCCAGAGGAACUGCACGACUACAUGCGCAGAAUAAAGGAGAUCGCCUGAGAGGAGCGGUGCGGUGUGAAGCACUGCUCUCGGCUUUCUACAGAAACGUUACUUUCUAUUUUUCUCUUUUUCACCUACGUGAAAGGUAAUUUUUCACAAACUGAAAGGCCAAUUGUUGUUUCGGUUCAGGUCUGUUCCAUUUAGUUUGCACAGUGCUGUAAUCUCAUACACGCUCACACCGGAGAGGACGAAGCCAAAGACUCGACCACAGGAAUCUCCAUCACGAGAGACAUCUGUAAAAUUGUGGCUAACGGGGGGAAAUAAGUGUUUCACUGGGGAAGCCGAGCCGUGGCCGGACGUGAGAGCUGCUCCGGGAUCAGUUUGGGAGAAGAAGCCUGACGUGGACUGGAGGUUCGGUCUGAGCCACGUGUGUUCGCUGGGUCAUCGGGACUCUGUAGUAACUGGACCGACGCCAAACUCAGCGGCCUUCGAGGAACAGGAAACUGUCAAAGACUCUCGCGAAAGUUAAAAAAAAAUUUAAAAAAUCAUUUUUGUUUUUUUUGCCAAAGUAGGAAAAACUUGUUCUCUUGACGGCAAAACUUCUUCAGUUGUUGUUCUCGGUGCAGCACACUCAUGGUUUGUACUCAUGUUCAUUCUUUAGAUUUUUCUACAUUUCAUAGGUCGUCUCGAACAACUAGUCCUCCUGGUCCCCAUCGAAUCUAAUGCCUUAUCAGAAAUGCUCACA